GUGUGGUACAAUGUACGCAUGCGUCAUAGCAAUGUGACGGAUUUUUGCAUCCUUGUGCAGCUGACUGGCGUGACAACCAUCUAACAAUGUAAAUUUAUAGUAGUAAUAAUAGUUUUUAACACCAUGGUAACCCCGCUAAAGCUUCGCCGGUUACACGGCUUGUUCUGUGUUUACAAACCCCUCGGCGUGCACUGGAAGCUCGUGCGUGAUACCAUCGAGACUAACCUCCUUAAAGGAGGGAACGUCGCCCCCCCACCGGCUCUUCCCCACAAGGUUCGGUUCUUGGCGGAACCGAGUCCGACCGGCGAGGCCGGAGCGGCGGCGUCGCUGUCCGCGGCACCGGUGCCUGCGCUCUCCCAUCAUCCUCUGGUAACCGGACCUGAAUUCCAACACAUACGCGUUGGAGUCGGCCAUCGCCUGGACGCCGCCUCCUCUGGAGUUCUGGUUCUCGCUGUUGGGAAUGGAAACAAGGCUCUAGAUGACCUGUACAAGACACGAGUGACCCGGGAUUAUAUGCUGGAAUGUGAAUUUGGGAUGGCAACCAAAGACUUCUCUCACACGGGUCGAGUUGUGGAAAAAUCCACUUACGGUCACAUCACUCUUGAUAAGCUGGAGAGAGUGCUGGCAAUGCUGGAGGGAGCCAAUCAGAAGGCAACGAGAAUGUUCUCCAACGUUGACAUGAGCUCCCAGGAAGCCUAUGAGUUGGCCGUGCAGGGCCUGCUGGGCCCCGAUGGGAAAUCUGCUCCCAUUUUGACAGGACUGCGAUGCGUUCACUUCCAGCCUCCAAGCUUCACUUUAGAGGUGCAGUGCCUGAAUGAAACGCAGAAAUACUUGCGGAAAGUGGUGCACGAGAUCGGACUGGAGCUGCGCAGCACAGCCGUGUGCAAAAACGUGAGGCGCACACGAGACGGACUCUUCACGUCCCGCCAGGCGCUCACCCGAAACCAGUGGAGCGCCGCAGACGUCAUGCAGGCGGUUCAGCAGCACCGCUACACCAAGAAGACGGAGAAAACCGUGAGGAAAAGGUCUGAAGAAAGCUCCGCCGCCACUCGUCAGAGCAAAGCGGAUGUGAUGUCAUCGCACAGAGGAAAAGAACAUGGCAGCUAAAGAGGACACUACAGAUAAUAAAAGGAAAUAUUUUGGAGAGUGACUAAAGAAAUACAUAGAACAUAUGUGACUUUUGUAUGUUUCUGUCUUCUAAAUGACCGUUGGGGUUGGAAUUGAGAUGAUCAGAAACAUAAACGCACUGGAAGCACACAGAGCUUCUUGUUCCCAUGACUCUGCAGCUGAGUUUCAGCACCAACGCUCCUCUGCUCGCUAAAGGUCAACAUUAUUUUGAGUCUCUGACAAUGUUUAGGAUUGUCAGAGUCCCCGGUUAUGUUUAGCCCCCCUCCCAGCUUGUUCCAUGUUCACGGGUGACUCCUGCCGCGCUUGACGGCCUGACAUGGCAGCCGGCCAGCUCCUCUGUAGGCAGACUAGAUCCACAGGCAUGUUUUAUUCAGAAAUGCUCCUGUUAUUGGCCUUAAUGUGUUUUUAUGCAAUAAAAGGGCAUUUAUAAGCAGAAAAUCAUUUGAACGUAAUUCUAAAUACUCUGUAACAGCAAGAGGGUUUGUUAGAUUUGCCAUUAACCCUCUUCAUAAUAAAGUGCAUUAAAAGC